GGAGAGAGUGGGAAAUAAUUCGGACGUCGAGACGACGAUGUGGGAGUCGCGCCGCUACUUUCGAGGAAACAGCAUCCUGAGGGAUAACACCUCGUGACGAUCGUUUUAGAUAACAGAAAGACAGCGCCUAAUCGAGAUGUCGAGGCCAAUCCUUAGCAGGCCGCGCACGUUCAUCUACGGCAGCAACUACGACAAGGGCGAGUCCUAUUACAAGCCCAUGGUCGACCACCUAGACCGGAAGUAUAGCUCGCGGCCGUUGUUCCCGGAGCCGAGAAACUCUCUAGCCGACGAGAUCGCGGCGCGCCGUAGCGACAUCGGCACGCGCGACCUCUCCAGUCCCCGAGCCGGUUCCUGCGACCCUGACCUCGACCUUGACUCCCGUAACCGCGCUUCCCAACUUCCGCCCUUGACCGACCUCCUGGUAGCCCCCGAUGACGAGGACACCGUCUACGACAGCCGUGGGCAGCGCAUUUCGGCGCGUCGCAGGAUGGGCGACGAGUUCGCGGACGACGUGACGGCGUCGACCCGGCGUUUGCGAGCUCGAGUGGCGGCCAUGAACAUCGAGGACGAGCUCGAGGCCUCGACCGCCGCGAAUCAGGCGAGAAGAAGCGCGGCCGAUCUUUUGGAGAACGCGAUAACCACGAGGAAGAGCGCCGCCAAGACGGCGAUCGAGGAAGCCGAGAGCAGUUUUAAGAGGCGUUCGAAGCUUUUCGACGAGAUCGAACGCGGUGACGAGAAUAAGCCCCUGUUCGCCAGGUGGACCAAGCUGAUCAACGAGGACGACGAUCUGGUACCGAGCAGCGCGGCCGCCAGCCGAGCCAAGCAGACGAAGGCGCGUCUUCAUGAUCUCGAGUCCGAGAUGGAGGAGAUCGCCGAGAGACAGGCCAAGAGGGAACGCAGAGCGGCGGCUCUCAAGGCGCUGGUCAACGAAACCGCGGAUGAGGUCGUUCAACAGUCGUCAUCCGUCAGUAAGAAGGUGUCGGUACGCAGUGCCGAACGGGCGGAGAAGCGCGUCAAUUUCUAGAUAUGUAAAUCUUGCGAUCUACUUUUAUUAUUUUCGCACGACGGUCUUUUACGGUCGUACAGAUAUAUUGUACCCUGAAGACUUCUGUUUUUGUGAUCCGUGUGCUGGAAGAGAGAGAUCCGAUUUUAAUAUAUUUGUUCGUUAUAUUUGUCAUGAUUAUCCGUAUAGAGAGAUUGAGAAUUUUUUGAAAAUUGCAGCUGAAAUAGAAGCAACUUUUUUCAAUUUAAAUGUUAAAGUUUUUAGUUUAAUCUAAAAUAUAUACCGAAAGGAGAAUUUUAUCGUUUGUUAAAUUCUUCCUCAAAUAAUUAAAUUAGAUGUGUCAAAUAAAGUUUAAAUUAUUUAAUUAUAAUUAUAAUAUUUUUGGCUAUCUCAAUUGCAAUGUAUUACAAUUGUAAUUCGAUUUGCUAUAAGACAUUGUUAUACUUCAUAAUAUACGAAUAUAAAAUUUUUCCAAUAUGUAUUAUAUAUACACCAUUAAAUAAUGAUCGCGUUUGCGUUUUUGGCGGCCGUGCAAUUACAAUGUCGUUGAUUUGUUCGUGAAAGGAACGUACAUUAGCUGCAUUAAUAUAAUAAAAUUUAAUUGACAAUUUAGAGUAUCUUAUAUUUUCAUGAUACAACACGUACGUUCGUUUCGCGCAGUUCUAUAAUUAUAAUAUAACUGUAUUAUACGUUAAUAUGCGAGGUACAUCUUUCGAAAAUAUAUUUAAUUUCAUCAUUUCUUAUUCCUCUAUAACAAUUAAAUGGUUUAAAAUAAAAAUUAUUUGCAGCUUUACUAAUCGUCACAAGUUCAAUUAUUUUUUAUUCGCUGGAAAUUAUUUUUUCGAUUUUAAUUGACAUUUACGAGUUCUAUUUUUAUUUAAAUUAUUUUUAGUCUAUAAAUUGUGAUUAUAUAAAAUUCGAUGAACGAGUUUAAUUCUAAAAUGACGUUGUACUAAUUAUAUUAUUCAAAAUUUAAUAUUAUAUAUUUUUGGACGAUAUCCCUCGUAUCGUGAUACUUUUUCGCUUCUCUGCUCCUCGAUCUGUGAUUCGAGGAUUUAAGCUGUUGAUUGUUCCUAUAAUGAAAGAGAGACACAUUUUAGAAAAUCUAUAUUCUCAUAUUAAAUAUAUUACGAUAGACGCAAGAAUCAUAUUCUGUUAUAACUGCUCCGAAAAUGAUUUUUCGGGACACAAAUUUUCUGUAAUGCAAACUUUUAAAAACACAAUUUUCGAAAGAAAACAUAAUCUACAAAACCGGAUUCAACAUACAUGUAUAUGUAUACCUCAUCUUUCUUAUUUAUGAAUAAAUCUCGUUUGAAAAUCUUU